AUGAUCCAGGAUUUCGAACUUGCAGCCUGGAACCUCACAUACUUAUGCAUUCAGCCCCGCCUUGUCUACAAGCAACUGUUCUACCACAAACAGACAAAGAAUAUUUGGGCAAGAGAUGACCCAGCCACCGUGAUUCUUGUUGUGUUCGCGUUGGCAUUGAGCGCCAUUGGGUGGGGUGUUUAUUACCGGCGUUCCCCCUUCGGAGUGGCCUAUCUUGCCAUCCUUAUGAUAGCGAGGGACUUCCUUGGGGCUGGUGUAAUAGUGGCGACUGCGGUAUGGUUACUUUCGAAAGUCUUCCUCGUCCCGUCAGACCCCGCAUCGCACGAAAUAGGUUCCUCCUUGGAGUGGGGUUAUGCAUUUGAUGUGCACACCAACUCGUUUUUCCCUCUCUACUUAUCGUUGUACUUGAUUCAGCUCUUCCUUGCGCCCUUAAUUACAAAAGAUCGUUGGGUAUGCCUCUGGUUAGGCAACACUCUUUAUCUAGUCGCUUUCGCCCAGUACAUUUAUAUCACAUACCUAGGCGUGAACGCCCUUCCAUUCUUGAUUCGUUCAGAGCUUUUGUUGUUCCCCUUGAUUCCCCUCACCUUACUCUACGUUAUUUCGUUACUUGGAUUCAAUGUCAGCAGUGCGGUGUUACGGUUAUACUUCGGUUAGGCACAUGCCAAUAUACAGCAUACAAAGACGCGCCUUUAAGAGUGAACUCCAUGAAUUGCGGUUGUCCAUGAAUCAGUCGCAUUUAUUGUCAAAGUCCGACAUGAACACAAACACAAACACAAAGGGUUAUACGGUAUCAGCGACAUUAU